GGCACGCGCAUCACAUUCGAAACAUUUUAAAAAAUCACGACGCAAUUUGAAAUCAACGGUAAGCGCGCGCAUUCAAUGUACCUUUACGACACCUUCAAAAAAUUAUCUCAACAAAACCAGUAAGAAUGGAGAGUCUUCCAGAAGAGAUGAUUGCUCACAUCCUUUCUUUUUUUCACCAAAUUUAUGGAAAAUUAUUACUACUAAGGACCGUGUGUCGUAAAUGGAAAAUAAUAAUUGACAGUUCUUCAGUGCUUUGGAAACACAUUCAUCUAGACGAUACCCCAGAUUAUUUCUCUGGAAAGCGGUACCUCAGAUUUCAUGGCAACCUCCGAGUCUGCCUGACAAGAUACAAGAAAUAUAUUCAUUGCAUUCGCGCGGACGACCAAAAGUUCUUUGAGAACAUUGAAAUCAGAAAUCUUUUGGUGAAUUUGACGAACCUCCGUAAGCUUGACAUCCCGAUUCUGCGUUGGACACGGUACUUUGCUAACACUCUUUUGAGUAGAAAUCUCCUCAAGCAUGUGACGAUCGAUGAUUAUCAAAGGGAAGGGUUUUAUAAUAUCCCAGAAUUCAGCGUGAGAGCAUUACAAGCCGGUGUCCGCUCAUGGGAUAUGAAGUCAAUCAGUCGAGUCUUGCCAUCCUUGGAAGUCCUCUCCUUGAGUUGUCGACGCGACAAGCUUAUCCGGUUGAACAUCGUCUCCAUUCUCGGUAACCUUCACCUGAAUGAGCUCCACCUUAACGUGCGACCUGAUAUGCGACGAGCGGGUCGAGUACCGAUCGUGGGGGUACCCCCUUUACGGGAACUGCUUCACACACAGCAUGCAAAUAUUCUUACAACUCUUGAAAUUCGUUGUCUGCCUGUCAGCAUGAAUGAUGCGGUGUUAUUUACUAAGGGCUUCAAAAGUCUCCAGCAUCUCACCCUUGGAUGCAUUUCUACAACAAACGAGGAUAAUACUACGCUCGAAUUGCGGUCUGAGAGUUUGAAGAUUUUGCACUUGUCCUUCAUGAGGAAUUGCACGAUCGAAAUCUUGAAAUGCGAAAUGCAUUGUCUUGAGGGAAUAGCGAUCACGGAGUGUUAUAAUAUCACAAGCCUUGAGAUAGAUGCCAGAAUCUUACUAACUCUGACGUUGCGCAAUAAUUGCUCACUGAAGAACAUUGAGACAAAGUGUAGCAGGCUAUCAGACAUGGAGGUGCGAAACUGCGCUUGCCUUAAAUGGAAAGACUUUCAGAAAAUGUUGAGGGAGAACCAGGGAAUAAAGCGCAUGGAACUGGCUGACACUGAGUCAGAAUCCAUCGAAGUGAAUGAACGAGACGCGCCUAAUCUACGCAAACUCGCGAUCUCGGAAGCAGAUGUCGUGCUAAAGCGAGUAUAUAUCGAUUGCCCUCGCCUUGAAGUCUUAAAGAUGAUCGGAUCUUCGUCGCCAAGGAAGAGACCCCGAGGGCGUCACAAGGGCUGCAGUGCAUUUAUAAGCUCUGGGAGCCUGAGAAAGGUUAAGAUUUUGGAUGUGAUUUAUAUAGAACGUAUAAAUAUCAGGUGCGUAUCACUGAAGGAUUUACUGGUGGUCCGUGCAGGAUUGCUGUUCAGUGGGAACUCCCUCGCGAUUGAUUUGCGCGCUGCUGAGUCAGUAGGAAAUAUCAUGCUUAGUGACCUCGCCCUCAAGCAGAUCCAUGUCUACUCUCCACGAAUCGCUAACCUGAUGCUGCAGUCAUGUUGCCUAGCAACCGAGAAAAAGGGAAAAUGCAAGGUGAAGAUAAAGUGUGAGGUGAUAGAGGAGCUGCGAAUCAUCCGUAGCGGAAUCAAGCGCUUCACACUCAACGUGCCGUUUGUCAGGAGUUUGACUCUAGACUCGUGUCACAGGCUGGCGGCCCUUGACGUGGACCUGACAAAAGUGAAAAACAUAAGAGUUGAGCGAUGCCCUAAUCUCGCCACACACUACCAAGGGUUAAGGAACAAAAACAACGGAAAAAACAAUGAAAAGAAUACAGGAGGCAACGACGAUGACAGCCAUGAUGACGAGGUCGAUGAUGACGACGACGUUGAUGAAGUAAUAGAUUAGGGUGUGGUGUGGGGGUGGAGGCGGCUGUCUUAGUUUGGGAGCUUUAUCACGAAAGACCGGGUACAAAAUGAAUACAAUCGCAAAACGAAUCGUAAUAACAGUCAAAAAGUAGAAAGUGGGAGUGUUGUGCUGUCAACGUACUUCUAGCUAUCGAUAAUAUGAUGACAAUUCUGCCCGGGUUGUAUAGUGGCUCCCACACCAAUGAUUCAAUAAAGGAUCUUUCAGCUAUA